AUGCUGAUGGUUCUACAACGUAUAUUGACUGAGAACAGGGAUCAGGUCUCGAAUCAUGAUCCCAAACUCGUGAUAGCAUUUGACGAGGCCCACCCUCUGAGCAACAUGAGUAAAAAGGGUUUUCGUCCAUCACAUAUCAUUGGCAGGACGAUCAACUGCUACUCCAAGAACAGCGAUGCAUCGGUCUGGGUCGUCUUUGCAUCCACGACCUCGCAAGUGGCAGAUUUUUCAGCGCCUCAGUCGAUCCAUGAUUCUCUGCGCGUAGCGGUAGCCGGCCAACUCCUCUAUCCGCCCUAUACACAUCUUGGUUGGGACCAGAAUGCGGAUCCUCUGUCUGGUACAUUGGCGAAUAAUGUUGCUAGCUUUGAUCACAUCGUUGGAUUCGGUCGUCCACUAUGGAAGUCACUUGUAGGGAAACGUACUAUCUCUGAAGUUUUGGAACUGGCUGCCCAGAAACUCUGCAAAUCGAUGACAUUUCACGCGAACGAUGCGAACCAGGCUCUUGCUAUCCUAUCCCAAAGAUUCGGUCUCGACAUUUGCUUGGGUCACCCCGAUGCUGUGUCUUAUCUCGAAAAGGCAGUAGCUAGUUACCUGCGCAUAUGCUUUUCGACGACCGAAGAUAGGAUGUGGUCCUUCACCGGUUAUCCAUCGGAGCCCAUUCUGUCUUGCGUUGCAGCAAUGAUAGUCCAUAGGACGCCUAGCGAUGUGGAUUUUGUUUUGGGGAUCUUGAAAAAAAAGAUUGAUGGUGGGAUGGUCGAGAUAGGACAGAGCGGGGAGUUGGCCAGCAGGCUUUUGCUGCUUCUCGCUAAGGAUCUUUUUAUCCGCAAGGACCCCCCCAAAGGCGUGAUCCGGGAUUUAUACUAUAACGAAAGUGGGGAUGCGGAACUGAUCGACUGCCGGAAGGUCUCCGUCGUCGAUUUCCUGGAGUACCUAUUUGGCGAGACAUUCUGGUCGAGGACAAUUGAGGAGGCCAAGGCCGCUUUUCAGCAUGCUUACAUCAAUUUCUCGCACUGGGUGUCUAUGACAGAGUUCAUCUCACCGCCAGUUCCCGAUCAAACUGACGCUGAUUCGUUGAGAUGCAGCGCCAACGAGUGGACUUUGCGCCACUGGCAUCGCACAAGCGCGGUUCAAUGCUGUCAUCUGCAGCCGCUCGUCGACAAGAUGAUUCCCAUCUAUUUUGACGAUCCUGCCCUCGGUCCCGAUGAUCUCAAUCGCGUGUCACAGAUAUUUAUUUCCGACAAAGCGGGGAAGAAUCGCCAUGAGCAUGACUUAGGGUCGGUCACUCGCACGCAUGAUUCAAUCCAGUGCCUAUCGAAUCUCCCCUACAUCGCUCUUCUCCUCGACCUGAAUGUGGAACCAAAGCUUAACGUUACGUUCCCGGAGAAAGAGCCAAAUCACGUCGAAACAGACCGAUGUCUGCGGAUCUACGCUUCUGGAAUAAGUGAAACCACAUUUCCAUUCUUGAGCGAACAUCCUGGUGUUGCGAGCCAGCUGUGUGGGCUUGUCUCUCGGCAGAAGGAGGCACCAUCCCAAACCAUUCUCGAAGCCCUGGUCAAAUUUGGGAGUACGGCUAGGCUACGCAACUUGCAGUGGGAAUUACAAGAUGCAUGA